AUGAGGCUGCAGCUAGCUGUUCACCACGUCAAAAUAGACCGCAAGCUCCUGAAGCCUCAAGUGGAGAGGAGGAGGCGGGAAAGGAUCAACCGUUGCCUAGAAACACUCAGCAAGACGCUGAUGCAAGACCGUGAGAACCAGAAAAGGACUGAGAAAGCAGAGAUUCUGGAACACACUGUUGCCUUUCUGAGGAGCAACAGUCACCACGACAGCAAGAACCUCCACAACGGGUUCUCCACCUGCCUGCAAAGAGCCUCUGAGUUCCUCCAGACAACAAAACUGGCCUCAAAUCAGAAGCUGGUGCUGUCAUCAAGACUGGACAUGGUUGCUGAGCGCCAACAUCAUCAUCAUCUGAAUGUCCAGGCUCCCCUAUCUCCAGCCACCGUCCCCAAGCCACUGAGCCCCAAGAGCUCCACUUUUAAAGCUGCAUCGUGGAACCCCAGAUCACCUGAUGGAGAUUCGGCCUGCCAGAUCCCGUCUCAGAAAGCAGACAUUUACGCCAACAUCAAAGCUGAAGUCAAAGUCGGCAUCAGCGAAAGCUCCCCUCUGCCUGUACCCUCCUUCAUGUGUACGGUCUCCCCCUCCAACAGACGCCAGCUGACCCUAAACUCACAUGUCCAGCCAUCUACAGAAGCCUCCAGCCCCAUCACAAGCUACUCACGGAUUGGGAAGGGAGGCUGUCGGCCCCGGCAACUGUUGCCACCAACCCAACCCAUGUGGAGGCCGUGGCCUUAA